AUGAACGUGGUGAGCAAUGGAGGAGCCGGCGUCGCGGCGUCUCGGAUUGUAGUGAUAACGGGAGUGAGCAAAGGGCUGGGGCGAGCGCUGGCGGUAGAGAUGGCCAAGAGGGGCCACACCGUAAUCGGCUGCUCCCGUGCCCAGGAUAAGCUCAACGCCCUCCAAUCCGAGCUCUCCUCCGACAAACACCUCUUCCUCAACACCGACGUCAGGUCGAAUACCAGCAUUGCUGAGCUGGCACGAGUUGUGAAGGAAAAGAGGGGCAUUCCAGAUAUAAUAGUAAACAAUGCGGGCAUCAUCAAUGACAACAAGAAGCUUUGGGAGGUGCCGGUGGAAGAGUUCGACAGCGUCAUUGACACCAAUGUCAAGGGAAUCGCUAACGUGUUGCGCCACUUCAUUCCGCUGAUGCUGUCGCGGAAUGAAGGGAAGAACCCAGCAGGAAUCAUAGUCAACAUGUCUUCAGGAUGGGGCCGAUCGGGUGCGGCACACGUUGCCCCUUACUGUGCAUCCAAAUGGGCUGUGGAGGGCUUGACCCGAUCAGUUGCUAGGGAGUUGCCUAGUGAAAUGGCAAUUCUUGCACUCAACCCUGGUGUCAUACACACCGACAUGCUUGAGUCGUGUUUUGGAGACUCCAGCAUGAAAAAUUACCCGAAACCUGAUGCAUGGGCUGUCAAGGCUGCUACCAUGAUCUUGAAUCUCACACCAGCCGACAAUGGAGCUUCUCUCACUGUGUGA